UCGCGGCCUGCGGUGCGGCUCCGUCUGUGACUUGCUGUGCUCUGGGCUGGCUGGGAACGGUAAAGGCGGGGAGGGAGUAUCGUAGGAGGCUAGAAGCACUGUAACUCAAAAUACUCCGAGGGAAUGUAAAACUUUAAGACUGAAAUCACCCACAAGAGGCCGUAUCUGCGUGCCCAAAGACUAAACAGUUUACUCGGUUUCUUAUGGAAGCAGAUGGAUUGGUGAGGAGGCGUCGGAUGACAGCGGAGACUACAGGCAAUGAUUCCGGGGUUGCUGGUGCCUCUGCCGGGGCAGAAAUUCGAUGGCUGAGGGGAAGAUUCUGGGGAGUUUCAGAAAGUAUCGUGGGAAGCCUGACACCCCGGAUCGGAGGCGAGACAGAACUGCAGACUGUUGAUUUUGUCAGUAGUGCACAAGAUGCAGAAACAGAGGACACUGAACCGGACUAUGAAGGUUUGCCACAAGGAGCUUCCACUAGCACCCACAUGUUGGCUGGAGCCGUGGCCGGGAUCAUGGAGCACUGCCUCAUGUUCCCUAUCGACUGUGUCAAGACACGAAUGCAGAGCCUCCAGCCUGACCCCGCAGCCCGCUACAGGAACGUGAUGGAUGCUCUUUACCGAAUCGUGGCCACAGAGGGAGUCUGGCGACCAAUGAGAGGGCUGAAUGUGACAGCAGUUGGGGCAGGACCUGCCCAUGCGCUCUAUUUUGCCAGCUAUGAGAAACUUAAAAAGACUCUAAGUGAUGUCAUUCACCCAGGGGCUAACAGUCAUUUGGCUAAUGGAGUAGCUGGGUGUGUGGCCACACUGCUUCACGAUGCAGUCAUGAACCCAGCUGAGGUUGUGAAGCAACGCAUGCAGAUGUAUAACUCACCCUACCGUGGCGUGUUGGACUGUGUACGUGCCGUGUGGCAGAAAGAGGGCUCUGCUGCUUUCUACCGUAGCUACACUACCCAGCUCACAAUGAACGUGCCCUUCCAGGCGCUCCACUUCAUGACCUACGAGUACCUUCAGGAGCUGCUCAACCCCCACAGACAGUACAAUCCUUCAUCCCACAUGUUGUCCGGAGCUUUGGCUGGAGCCAUUGCAGCUGCAGCCACAACACCUCUGGACGUCUGUAAGACCCUGCUCAACACCCAGGAGUCGCUAACCCUCAGCCCUCUGUCUUCUGGCCAAGGCCAAGGAGCCCGCAGACACAUUUCAGGCCUAGCCCAUGCAUUCCGGACAGUUUACAGGCUGGGUGGCCUGCAAGGCUUCUUCAAGGGAGUCCAGGCAAGGAUCAUCUACCAGAUGCCCUCCACAGCCAUCAGCUGGUCAGUCUAUGAGUUCUUUAAGUAUGGACUCACCAAGCACCAGCACAACAAGAGGAAAACGCAGUAUGUGGAGGCUGAGAUUUAGUUAUCUCCUAGAUUUAAUCUGCUCUAAUAUUCCUCUGCCCUCCCUUUGAGGAGAAGCUGAAGUCAAUAUGCACAUAGAAUCUGAUUAAAAUCCACCUCAGUUGUCCCAUCCCUUACAGACAUAGCAGAUAAGAAAGGCAUCUUCUAAGACCAUUGGAGUUUCUGCUGCAUUAUUACAAGACAUGAAAUGGUUUGAGCUAUGUUGAUUUGCUCUUCUAGGAGUAGUAUUAUAGACCUAGUUAAUCCAGAGAUGGUUUUAAGGCAUUCUAGUGACUGCUACAUUUGUCCUAAAGGAUAAAUGAGAAGAACGUUCAAACUUUGGGCUGGAAAGGUAGUCAGCAGAGGGCGGUAGUGUCACUUUUGUAAUGUCUUGUAAAUUCAUAAACUUUGCUGUCCCAGGGCCAGAUAUUUAUUUUCACCCAUCCAAGCAUUUAUUUUGCAAAUAAAAGUUAGAACUGACUACAAAUCCGCACCACCUUUAUGAAAAACAACAUACUUGGACAUCUAGUUUGGGUUACACACAGGCAUUCAGUCCUUAAUAAAACAUUUCUUAUUGGUUUGUUGCAGUAUAAAAGCACCUCAACCAUAAAAUCCAAAGCAAAUUUACCCUAUCUGAGGACUUUUUACUGUUAAUCUAACAAUGUAAUGUCCUGUCAUGGAUCAGUACUCAGCACCCUUUCAGUGUAACAGUCAGUAUGGCAAUUCAUGUAUCAGCAAAAGUUCUUUUAGGCUUUGAUUAACUGAACCUUUAAUUUGAAAUGUAGUCCAAUAGAAUUUUCUUUAAACUUUUUUCAAAUGUUUCCUACAGUUACCAGUAGCUCUGAGGUAUGUGAACCAAGUUUAAUUUAUUUAAAUUAUUUUCAUUCCAUAAAUAUAAUGUUCUUGUCAGCCAUUAUAUAAUAUACACAGUUUCACCCCCUUUAAGUGUUCGAUCAACUAAAUAUUUACCAUUAUUGGCAGGGCAGACUAGAGUAGCAUUCACAUAGCCAUGAACUGUAGCUAUGAACCUGUUUUCAGCUUGUGAACACCUCGGUUUCAAUAUCUGUGCUGGCCAGUAAUGGUUGUGUACUGUGCCCCAAAUAAUUUCAAACAGUUCAUUAAUCCACAAGAUGUGUAUCAGUCUCCCCGCUGAGUACACAAAAAUGGAAGCUGUCCUUCUUAUCAAUGUCUGAUUGUUUAUGACGCUGAAUUGCACUCAUUGAAUAAAGACUGAGCAGAGGGGCCGUUCUCGCGGCUCUGAAA